AUGCAGCAGGCUAUUUUGGGCCUGGUGAUGUACAUUGAGACAGGAUUAAUUAAUGACUUCAUAGUAAAGGAUCCUCCAGGUAUGAGUGAUCCUAAUAUGAUAGAAUUUCACAUUGAGUUUGAGGAUCUCUGCCAGUCUGUCCUGCUGCUGUCGCUGUGGGUAACAGCCUCCUGGAUGUCUCCAGUUGCCAUCUCCCCGCUCCCCGAAUCCUCGGGGGACUCUGAGGACUUUUAUGUAACGACGGAAACACCUGCCGCUGCUGCUAGAGAUUUGAAUCUUGAACCCUUGGCUCUAUUUAUCCAGAAUAUUGCCACGGAACAGCGCAAACGACAGUUGUGCAACUAUUUUUCCAUGUGUGAUGGGGCUACGGAUUCACUGACUAUGUACAACAUGGAACUGCCACGGAUUCGAAAGAAGGAUAAAUGUUUUGAGACGAAUUUCCAGAAGAAAAAAUGUUUGUCCAACAUUGUCAAGGGAUUUCAGGAGUACAAGAAGUACCUGUUAUUUGUGAGACAAUGGAUUGAGAGUGAUAAACUGCAAGUGGAUGCAAUGCUGAGUAGCUCAAAGAUUUUGGUUGAUCUACUCCCACUGGAGAGCAAGAUUCGUGAACGCAUUAUUCAACAAGAAAAAAGCAGUGAACAAGCUUUCAAUCCAGACCAGUCUUCUGAAAAUAACUGGGAUAAGCAAGUGGCAAUUCAUGUGAUUCUUAGAAACUUUGUUCUCUUUAUGGAGAGUACUAUUCGAACCAUUCGAUUCAUGAAUUGA